AUCAUUUUUACGAUUGUUUGACAUUUCCAUAGUGAGAAAAAAAUCGACUACAAAUUUUUUUCUAUAUGCUGUGUGAGAAAAUUAUUAAAAUAAAGUAAAAAUUGUGAAAAAGUAAUAAAAUAUUACGCAUAAUGGAGGUUGCUACUGAUGUAAGCAAAAAUAUAAAUGCAAAAUCUAUUGAAUCUUCUAAUAGUGAGGGAAAAGCAGAUUCAGAAAAUCUCGAUGGUGUAAAGACAGCACCGCCUGUGAACAACGCCAUUAAUGGUGCGGCAAAUGAAAAUUUAAGUGAGACGGGCACACCAGAAGUUGUGGCUCCUAGUAAGGAAUCCUGGACACCUGCACAAAAUCCUGUGCCAUUUGCCGGACAUGGCGGUGGGCCACCAGGAUCAUUUAGGGGACGUGGAGGCUUAAUAAUGCAUUUUAACCGCGGUGGCGGUAGGGGAGGUGCUACACACUUUAAUCGUCCAUUUGAUCCAAAUUCACAAAAUAAUUCUGGACAUAAUGCUGGCGCGCCGCCAGGUGGUCCCCAGUUGGAGUUAUGGGUGGAAACUAAAACGGAAGAUGGUAAAUCUUACUAUUAUCAUGCCCUAACUAGGGAAACGACAUGGACAAAACCAGAGGGACCAAAUAUUAAGGUUAUGACACAAACCGAAAUUGAAGAAAUGAAUAAAAAACAACAACUGCAACAACCAUCGCAAGGUAACCAAGCACCAUCCAGUGGGGCCACCAAUAUAGUUAAUGGGAGUGCCGAGGAAGCAGUCAAAGAAAAAGCUGACAGUGCAACUACUAUUCCAGAAAAAACAAUUACAUCACAGCCUCCGCCGGGCAUGAUGUCACAACCGCCUCCAGGCCAACAACCAUUAUCACAACCACCACCUAAUUUGGCACCAGCGGGUAUGCCGCCAGGACCUCAACACCAACAUCCUCCAGGAUUACAUCAACAGCCUCCACCUUUCUUUGGCGCAGGCAUGCAUCCGCCAAAUUUCAACCAACCUCCAUUUGGUAUGCCUCCUCCUGGAUAUGGUGGCGGUUUUCCAGGUGCUCCCGGAGCUGCACCAUGGGCAGCUAUGCAUUGGAAUCAGCAUAUGCAUCCACCAGCAGCUGCCCAAGAAAAACCGGCUAAAAAUCUCAUAAUAAAACCUGGUGUUAUUGACCCGGCUGUUAUAGCCAGAGCUGCAGAAUGGUCGGAACAUAGAGCUCCGGAUGGUCGUCCGUAUUAUUAUCAUGCCGGUAGGGGUGAAAGUGUUUGGGAAAAACCACAAGCUUUACGUGAUAUGGAAGCUGCACGAAUGGCCGCUCAUGGCGCUACACCGCAACCUACUGCGGCGGCUCCUCCCACUCCAUCUUUAGUUUCUGGCAUGCCACCGCAUAUGAUGGCAAAUCCUUUAAUGCAUAUGCAGGCACCGAAUCCGGCUUUCACCGCGGAUCCAGCAAUAGCAUAUGCCCAAGCCGCUGCAGCAGCAGCCGCCGCCGCUGGUAUUAAACCUAUGAAUGAAUCGUCCAAAACAGCCGCUAUGGAAAAAGAAGCCAAGAAGAAUGCCGAAGAAAAACGCAAAAAAGAAGAUGAACAAAAGAAAACCACUGCUGCAGCUAAGCCGGUGGAUAAAUCGAGGCCCAUCUCUAGCACACCAAUACCAGGCACUCCCUGGUGUGUUGUCUGGACCGGUGAUGCUAGAGUUUUCUUCUAUAAUCCCUCAACGCGCACUUCUGUUUGGGAACGCCCAGAAGAUUUACUGGAACGCGAAGAAGUCGACAAAGCCAUUAACAAUCCACCGGAACAACUUAAAGGGGUCAUGGCUUCAAAGGCAGACAAGUUGGAAAGUGAAAGAGACAGGGCAAAGAUGACUUCAGUUUCAAAUCUAACGAAAGAGCUUGGUGAUUUUCAUAUGCAGGAGGAUGAUGACGAUGAUGAGAUUAUUAAAAUAAAAACAGAAUCCGAAUCAGAUGUUGAAGAAGUUACAGCUAAGAAAACACGUUUAACCAAAUCCAAAAAGACCGAUGCCAUUGAAGCCGCUAUUGAGGCUGAGGUAAGAGCCGCUAAAGAACGUGCUCUUGUACCCUUGGAAACACGAGUAAAACAAUUUAAGGAAAUGUUACGUGAAAAAGAUGUUUCGGCUUUUAGCACUUGGGAAAAAGAACUACAUAAGAUUGUAUUCGACCCACGCUAUCUAUUGCUAACAUCUAAGGAACGCAAACAAGUUUUUGAAAAAUACGUUAAAGAUCGUGCAGAAGAGGAGCGCAAGGAGAAACGCAAUAAAAUGAGACAAAAGAGAGAUGAUUUUCGUAAACUUUUGGAGGAUGCUAAGCUGCAUGGAAAAUCUUCAUUUAGUGAUUUUUGUCAGCGCUAUGGUAAAGAUGAACGUUACAAGGCAAUUGAAAAAGUGCGCGAGCGUGAAUCGCUCUUCAAUGAAUAUCUCUUGGAUGUAAGGCGACGAGAGAAAGAAGAAAAACAACAGAAAAAAGAACAGAUACGCAAAGAUUUUAUUGAAAUGUUGCGUGAACGAGGUGAUUCUUUGGAUCGUCAUUGUCGUUGGCAUGAGGUGAAGAAGAAGUUUGAAGGAGAUUCUCGUUAUCGUGCGGUAGAGAAUUCUAUGUACAGGGAGGACUAUUUCCAUGAAUAUAUGCGUAUGCAGAAGGAUGAGAAGAGACGUAAGGAAAAAGAUCGCAAAAAGGAUCGAGAGCGUGAAGAGAUGGAAAGGAAAUCGGAACGUAAAAGUGAUCGUCGUGACAAAGAUCGCCGUGAUCGCAGCCGUAGCCGUGACAAGGAUCGUUCGGAUAGAGAUGGUAAGGAUAAGGAUUACAAGGAGAAGGACAAGGACAGAAGAGACAGAGAUAAGGAAAAGAGCAGCAAAGACAAAGAUGAUAAAAAGAAAAAUGAUGAUUAUGAAGAGGGAGAACAGCCUACGGAGGAGGAGCAUUCUGCCAGCGAACAGGAACAGGAAGCUGAACGUCUACAGAAGGAACGUGAUCGUCAAUUGAGAGCCGAACAGAGUAUACGUGAGCGAGAGAAGGAAGUACAUAGGACAUUGGCUGGUCAUUUGCGUGAUCGUGAUAAGGAACGUGAAUUGCAUAAACGUGAAGAGGCAGUUGGUCACUUCAAUGCUUUACUUACAGAUUUAGUACGUAAUGCCGAUCUCACCUGGAAGGAAGUCAAGCGUCAGUUGCGCAAAGAUCAUCGUUGGGAAUUAGUUGAAUAUCUUGAUCGCGAUGAACGUGAAAGAAUCUUCAAUGAACACAUUGAUAAUUUAAUGAAAAAGAAACGUGAAAAAUUCCGUGAAAUGUUAGAUGAAAUCACCACUUUGCAAUUGACCAGUUCUUGGAAGGAUAUUAAGAAACUCAUUAAAGAGGAUCCACGUUAUUUGAAAUAUAAUAAUUCCGAAAAAUGUGAACGUGAAUUCAGGGAUUAUAUAGUGGAUAAAACAUUGGCCGCCAAAAGCGCUCUCAAGGAAUUGCUUAAGGAAUGUAAACUUAUAACACACAAAAGUCAUGAACUAGUCAAAGAAAAUCCAAAUCAUCUUAAAGAAAUACAAGAUAUUUUAAAAAUGGACAAAAGAUAUUUAAUAAUAGAACACUUAGCUGAAGAACGCACCGCUAUUGUCAUCAACUAUUUAGAGGAAUUACACAAACGUGGACCACCGCCACCACCUACGGCGUCAGAUGCUACACGCCGCAUCAAAUAAAAUGUGGUAGAAAAAACUUUAAUAAAAAUCGUCAUAUUUUUCUAAAUCUAUAUUAUAAUAUAAACCUUAUUAUCUUUAUCCUUUCUUUGUCUCCUCCUAUAUGCAUAUCUUGCAAAGUAUUUUUUAUUUUCUUAAAAAAGAAAUCAUACAAAUAUAAUAUUAUAAAAUUAU